AUGGGAACCCUAAACACAGGUGGGAGGAGGAACAGACAUGGCAACCCCAGACACAGGUGGGAGGAGGAACAGACAUGGCAACCCCAGACACAGGUGGGAGAGGGAAAAGACCUGGCAACCGCUCCUCAUGCAGCAGGGGGAGCAAUAUCCGCUCAGCAGCUCCUCUCCUCUCCUGCUGCUUUUGUUUGUGGGAGUGUGCAGCCGGAGCUCCAGUCUCUUGUUGCAGAGCGCCUCCAACAGUGUGGGCGUGUCUGGGCCCUGACCUUGGCCCGCUUCCAGCCUCCCAAACCCCCUCACAAACACUGCCCACUGCUGCGCUCGAGAAUGUAUACAGCCAAGGCUAACACGGCUCCUGCUCACAUGCAGACGCUACUGUAA